AUGACAAAGAAAGAGAGACAAGAACGUAUGAAAAUAAAUGAUAAAUGUGGUGGUCAAAUAAUGACACUUCUUGACUCAACUGGUCUGUCAUAUUACGAAAAAUUAAGUAUAUUUAAUCGUUUCCGUUGGUACGUAGUUGUAAUAAUAUCUGGUUUUAUUGUUAUGGGAGUAGUUGGUUUUACUGUUCAUCAUCGUCAUAAUCUCAAUGUAAUACUAAGUAGUGUUGGUAUUGGGUUGAGUUUUUUUUGUGUUACAUUAAAGGGAGCAUGUUUCAAAUGGUAUCGUAAGAAUCUUAUAACAAUAAACAACAUAUUAUCAAAAAUGAUGGAAGAUCAAAUGACUGCAAAAGAUGAUGCUUGGGAGAUAUUGAUUGAACCAAUGUCAUACUUCGCUAAAACAGCGUAUCCAAUAAUAACUUGUUUAGGAUUUUCAAUGUUUUUUCUGUUGUGGUCAAGACCAACACUUGCAAUGAUCAUAUCUUAUAGAGAAGGUGACAUGAAAUUUGCAAGAUUUUAUCCUACUUAUUAUAUGUGGACAGUAACACCUGGUAGUUGGACUUGGAUUCUAAAUAUUGUUUGUAAAUUAUUUGGUGAAUUUGUAGGACCAUUUGUACUUGUAAUUGUAUUGUCAACUGCAAUGGAUCAAAUAACAUUCAGUAAAAUAAGUUGGCCUCUAGUGUACACAUUAUAUAAAUUGCUACAAAUAUUUAUUUAUUCAUGGGGUGGAGAAUUAAUAAAAACGGAAAGUGAAGAAUUUCGUGAUGCAGUUUAUUUCUCAGCAUGGACAGAUGCAAAAAAUAAUAAGCUUGUAUCACAUUCAGUUAGAAUGAUGAUGCAUCAGAGACCUAUUAUUAUAAAAGCUUGUCAAAUUAAACCAAUAACAGCUGAACUUUUUUCCGGUCUUAUUAAUACGACACUAUCGUACUUUUUCUUACUCCAAACAAUCAAUGAAAAAUCAUAAUUUAUCAUCGUUUAUGAAUCAAUUUUGAAAAAAAAAA